AUGGGAAAGGAGAAUUUUCAUCAAAGCAAGAAGCACAAGUAUCCCAUAAAGACCUUAGCAAGUGGAAAGGUGGUGGGAAAUGUACCAAGGUGGAAUUUUAAGAAGGAUAGUAGAAGAAAAGAAGCGGACAACAAGGGGACAAAGAAGGCUGUUAAUAAUCCAGAACAUGCAAUUGUACGGGUACAAACACAUAAUAAGUUUGAUGCCUUAAACAAUGAAGGAGUGGAAGAGAACAAUGAGGAGCAAAACAAUAAUAAUGCAAUCAAUGAGGAGCAAAACAACAAUAAUGCAGUCACAAGUACCAGUAGUGCACAUAAUCAGAUAAUUACUAAGGAGAAGUGUGUAGCAAACAAAUGCAUAGAUGAUAAGGGGACUAGUUCCAAACCUUGGUUAGAGGCUGGAAAGAAAUGGGGGGACAGAAUAGAGGAGGUAGAGGGGACUGAGUCCAGGAAUGACUCAAAUACAACAGCUAAUCAAGAUGGUAGAGGGGAGAAUGAAAAUGACUUGGAGAGGGAGAUCCUGGAUGAUGCUACUGAGCAAGAGUCACAAGACAAGCGGCUAGAGUAUAACAACAAUGAAAAGCAAGAAGUGUCAUCUUGCGCAUCAAUUACUAAUGGGGAGGAGUUAAGUACUAGGGAGAGUAAGGCAAGGCACAUACAAAAGAAUGAGAACAUGGAGGAGGAACCUCCAGAUGAUACUACACUGCAACAAUCAAAUAAGGAGGACAGUACUACAGAGAAAUUAGACGAUGAAGCAGUCAAGGUAGUCCAAUCAAGCCAAAGAAGAGGGGAUAAUUGCAUUCAAAAGGAGAACAAUCUGGUUGAAUCUAUUGAAAUUGAGGAGUUUAAUAUUGGACUGAAGCAUCACAUAAUAAAUAAAAGAGGUGAUGAAGCUCACAAUCACCUGGUUGAUCAUGUUGAACAUCAGAUGAAUGUAGAAUCUUCACGGAAACUAGAAAGCACUUCUGCAGCUUCAAAGAAGGCCAAAUCACACAGUCAUUCAGAAGUGGUGGUUAAGACAGUACCUGAAAAGCAGGAAAUCAGUCAGGAGAAAGUAAAGAUGGAAAAUAAUCAAUCAAAAGCAGUUCUACAAGACAUAGUGGCACACAAAGUGACUAAAGAAGAGUUACAGAAAUUCUCAGAGGAGAUACAACAAUCGGAGGAGGAUAAUGAAAUCAACGGCAAAUCAAAUAAUUUCCAUAAAGUAGCUAGAGAAGAAGAUAUCUCUCCAAGGGCACUAGCUAUCAGUGGAAAAAGGAGUAAGAAUCAUGAAGCAUUACAAACUAAAAGGUUGCUUCCAAAGAGAACUGCUUCAGCCAAGAAUAAAUGA